AUGAUGCUAUCACUAGUAUUUUGUAUUGGUUUAUUGUCUUUUUCGAUUGUUCGAACAACAACUGGAUGUGAUAUCAUUGUACGUGUAAAAUCACUUACUGAUACACCAUUUCAAGCAGAAAUUAUUGCUCCAAAUGGUAAAAGCGAGAAGAAGCUUUUAAAAAAAACCGAGCGGUUAGUCUUCCAAGAGAAAGCUAAAGAAUGUGGCUUAGGACCCUUUGAAAUAAAAACAACCUCAGAAGGAAGUGCUAAUAAGAGAGAGAAAAAUGUGAAGGUAACACUAAAUGGCGUCGGUGCAGUAAACUAUGAAGUUGGAGAUGAUCUAAUACCGAAGCAAAUAUUUCGACAAGGAAUCGAAUGUAGUGGACAAUGUGCUCCAUUAGGCGUUGCUCAACUACAUAAAGCAAGUGAAGCUACAAAAGUAUGA